GAAUCCACAAGUUCAUAUUUAACAUUUCAGUAAUGAAUUCGAAUGUGGUUUCUGUAGUCCGAUAUAAAUCAGCAGACUCGAAUGGUGCGUGGUGUUUUUUGUACUUUAGUUUUAACAUAAAAUUGUGAGAAAAUGAAUCAAUUAGACGAUACGGAUGACAGUGGUAACGAGUUAAAUGGCAUAAAUAAGUCAACAACUAGCGACUCAUCUUACUGGCAUGUCGUGUACAAGAAUCGGAGGCAAGCUUUUUCGACUCUAGGGGGUUUUCUUCUGAUCAUCAUCGGUGGAAUGCACAUUGGUUGGGGUAUAUGGCGUCUUAUUUUCAACGAGCCGUGGAUGACAGAAUUGCCAAGGCCGUUAUUUAUUUUCGCAAAAAUGUCGUGGUAUGUGACUGCUGUUUUUGGUGGUUUCGUUGGAUCUGGAUUAGUAAUAGCAUUGCGCAAAAACAUUAUCUACUUUGUAUGUGCUGCUGCACUGGCCAUCAGUAGUUUAAUUUUCGUAAUUUGGUAUGAUGAACAUAUUGCCAUUAUAGUUGGACGAUGCAUUGCUGGAUUCGGUCAUGGGAUCGUUUAUCUAACAACAGUAAUUCAUGUAUCAGAGAAUGCAGCCAAAGAAGUUCGUGGCAUGUUGGUAUCCAUAAUUAAUGUUACGAUUUUUCUCGGUAUAGCUACAUCCGCCACGAUACUCGUUAUGGUGUCCUAUGAACCUGGCGACCAAUUUAAUAGCGACAGAAUUAUCGGCAUUAUUGGCUUGAUAUUAUCCGCACUAUCAGUCGUUUGCACAAUAUUUAUGGACAUAGAAUCUGUUGCCUAUUUGCUGGUUCGAAAUAAGGACGACGAAGCUUUGGAAUGCAUGAAAGAUCUAAGAUGCGAAACGAACGAGACCUGGCGUUUGACCGAUGACAUUCAAGAAAUGCAUUCAAUGGUACAAGAAGACGAAAGUCAUGGAAGGAAUAUCUUCACUGAGGGCAAUUCAAAGCCAUUAGCAUUGAUGAUAGUGAUGUUCUUCCUGGGAAUGCUGACGAAUAACUAUCUGGUGAACAUCAUUUUGUUCAAUUUUCUAGCCUUAGCUCUCGACUGGCCAAAUUUUCUCUAUUCGCCAUUAAUUUUGGCAUCAGUCAGAGCUGCAACGAGCCUUAUUUUGAUAUUCUUUUCCGAUGUUAUCGGUCGUAAAAUACACCUGACUGUAACUGGCGUGACUUUAUUCAUCACCAUCGUCAUUGCAAUUAUUGUCUUCUUCACUGCACCUCAUAUUUGGGUAGUUGGCGCAUUCGCCAUUCUCUUCCAAGUGUUUGUUGCCAUUGGCGUCGACCCCAUUCAACACAUUUACCUAUCCGAAGCAUUCGCAACAUCGAAGAAACCGGUUUCAAUUGCAUGCGUUAUGGCUGUGGAAAAUGCGCUUCAAAUUCUAUUCAUUGGCAUGUACUUCAUUCGAGCUAUUUCUUCAGCUGAUACAUAUAUAUUGGUAGCGUCGUGCAUCUUUUUAAUUUGCGUUGUGAUAGUACUACUACUUCUUGUACUGCCCGAAACGAAGGGUUCGUCGUUGAAGGAAGCACGAGACGAAUUUCGCGAUGAGGACUACAAAAAACAUUUAUUUUCGGGAUACGACAGAUUCAAUUGUGGAUGCGGGCACUCACGCUAGCUUUUGUUGGUGUAACAAAACGUUCAGGCUGUUGAAAUCUGAUCUCGGAUUUGAUCGUACCGGGAAAAUAUAGGCUGAGGUUUGCAGUUGAACGAGAUGUCUCAUCAGACGAUGUAAUGAAAACGGUUUUUAUUUGAAUAAACAAAAAAGAGUUGU